UAUCAGCAUCAAUAUGAACGCGGAAUUUCCUUCUUCAUUAUCAUUAGACAAACUCAAUAGUAUACGUUUAUUAGUCGACUGAAUUCUAGUAAUCAAUCUUUAUAUGAAUUGUAUUAUUGCUAAGGCUGUGUCCGUGCUAUUGGCACAUUAGUUAUCAAUAACUUUGAAUUGUUGUGGCUUUCCGCGUGACCGUACCACAGCUGCGUUAAAUCUCCCGCUGUUCUGAAGUUGUCGUCACUAAUACCUUUAACCAAUUAGGUUGUCGCUUUGAGAGCGCGGUCGCAGACUUUGGGAGUCGCAAACAUGGCUGAUGUGGUGGAUAUUCAUAAACUAAAGCUAGCAGAACUGAAGCAAGAGUGUUUGUCACAUGGCUUGGAUGCAAAAGGAAACAAGCAGGAUUUAAUCAACAGACUGCAAACAUACCUUGAUGAACAUGCUGAAGAGGAGGCAAAUGAGGAAGAUGUUUUAGGAGAAGAAACAGAGGAAGAAGAUCAAAAAGUAGUUCAGAUACCAGUAAAGGAAGAUGUACCACCUGAGGAAAACCCAUCAGAAACAGAAUCCGAAAAGAAGUUGGUGAAAAUCACAAGUGAGGUUUCUGUGACUGAUAGACUUCAAAAAAGAGCAGAAAGGUUUAAUGUUCCCACCAGUUUGGAUAGCAAGAAAGCUGCACGAGCAGCUAGGUUUGGCAUCACAUCAGCUGACCCAAAAGGUCAAUCAUCGGAUCCCAAAUCUACAGUAAAUUUAGAUAAGUUGAAGGAGCGUGGUCAGAGGUUUGGCCUCAGUGUAUCUCCUCUAUCACGAAAGACUGAGGAUGAUGAAAAGCUUAAGAAGAGGAAGGAACGUUUUGGUAUAGUGACCAACUCUGCGUCUGUUACUGAUGAUAUAGAGGCAAAGAAGAGGAAAAGAUCUGAACGUUUCGGUAUUGUCUGACAUGGAAGCCACCAUACAUCAUACUCUUGUUUUGUUUUGUGAGGGUUUUUUUUGUAACUUCCAAAAGUAUUGUAAGAGAGCAAUUUAUUUGCAUCCUUUUUUUAAAUUCUUUUUAAACUCAAAAGUUAAAGGUAUUAAAGAGUUUAACAUGUUUGAUGAUA